CUGGAGUCAUGUUAACAGGGUGGCUUUCACUGUCACUGAGGAAAUAGUACACUGCACAGGUAAGAAGUCAUAGUGAAGAUGAGUCUGAGACAGUGGAGUCUGGUCCCAAACCAGAUUAAAGGAUUAUACAGAGUUGAGAUGAGACGUCUCCUGUGAUUGGUUGACCAGGUUUACGCAGCUCACGAGGGAUUGUUGCUCACGUUCUGUUGAGUGGAACACAUCAUGUAUUUCAAUUUCUUCAAUGCUUUUUUAUGCGCUAUGUUUUUUUGUUUUAUAUUUUAUAUAUUGUAUUAUAUCCUUAACACAAUUUUAGCUAUGUAUUUAAAAAAAAUCAUACCACACUGUUGCCUCCAGAAAUUAUUUUAUCGUUUUGAAUAAUUUCUCUUGAAGUCUCCACGCUGAUACUUUGAUUCACCAGCUGAGAGCGCGAGGGCCGUUUACCGAGGUUUCAGAGCGCGUAGAAGCGCAACGCGCCUCCAGAUGUCAGCUACAUUUGUGCUGUAUACUAAGUGUGAUGCUAUGAAGAGGGCUCCAUAUGCUUGCUCAUGUAGGUCACCAGUGGGCGCCUUGAGGUGAGAGCCACUUCCUUCCAGGUCAGAGGUCAAGACACCAUCCAUGGUCAAUCAGCUUCAGUGCUCAUAACUUAUUAAUAAUUGCAUGAUUUGUACCUAAUUUUUUCAUUUUUAAAUGUUUUUUUUCUUUUGUCUAAUCAUUCAUUAUUCAUAUCUAUUUUUUAAAUGAAUUUUUAUUCGGAGUAAGUACGACAUUCCUAAGACCUAAUGUUUUCAUGUUUAGUAUUAGUAUUAGUAUGUAUAUAUAUCACUUUGCCACAGAUGAACUGCAGAUUUUCAUAGUAAUUAUUUUAGUAAAUGAAAUAUAAAAUCCCUUUAAUAGUUUGAUAUGUUUCAUUUAAAAAAAAACCCAUAUAUAUAAUAUAUAUAUCUCCUUUUCCCCUACUUUUUUCUUCUUUCAAACGAAAAAAAGGUAAAUUUGUAGUUUUAAUUUUUAAUCUCAACAAUAUGUGUCACUUUUCCUGCUCUUUAUUGAAUGUGUUUUGUCUCUCCUCCCCAGAUUGUUCUUAUUUUUUUGUGACUAAUUUUAUUUUAAUUCCAAGAUUCACAAAUAUAAUAUUAUGUGUUGUUGUGUUAUUUGAAUGGUCUCAUCCUACUCUGCUAUACAGAUGCACUUUGGUUUCCUCUUAGCAGCAUAUUAGCAUAUUAUGUAGCAUAUUUUUAAAUUAUUUUUUGUAAAUAAUUUAUAUAAUUCCAUGGAUUAUUGUUCCCUACAUUUUAACCAUUGUAUCUUCACUGCCUUUCCCCUCAAUGAGGUUCACAUUACCCAUUACAUUUUUUUCUCUCCCUUCUCCCUGCUGUUUUUUUUUUCCAUUUGGCCCAAAGUGCAACGACAGCUUCCCAAAGUUAAAUAUCAUUGAAAGUUAAAGUUAUAUCUGUAUUUUUUUCUCUUACUUUAUUGGGUAAUAAAAUAUCUUAAUUUGUAUUUUCUACUUUCACUCACAAACGUAAUUAUCAAGUUAGCCCUCCUGAUUUUUCUACAUUUGUUAUUCAUUUUGAUAAUUUCAUUUUACACAAACUAGCAACAGUAUGAAGUAUUUAUAAGGCCAGAAUAUUAUCCAGGUUAAAUGAGCAUCGUGGCAACAUAGUAGUGUGUUCUCUAAGGGCUACUUUUUAGUUCAAAUAUUUUGUGUAAUUCAGUCAAUUUUUUUGCACAAGCAGUUUUUGGUAAAUAAUUAACAACUGGAAUUCGAAAUGUAUUUUCUAUUUAUUUUAGUUUUUAAAUUUAAUUUAAUUUAAUUUAAUUUAUUCCUGAUGUUCCUUUCUAUAUCCAUAAUACAAGCAUUUCCUCUCUUAAUUUAUCUUUUUUUAUUGUUCAUAAUUUUAUAUUUUCUGUUUAACCUCAAGCGGGAACAAACUUUAAGCCAAUAUAAUGUCCAUAUUAAUUUAACUCCAUAUGGUAAUGUUCUUUUCUGGCAGUGUUACAUGUGAUUGAAAACAGGAAGUACAUCGAACUCAUUUUACUAAUCCCAUAGAAGUGUGAGGCUCUGUUAAUCCCAGACGGUGAGAAUUGUUUCAAUUGUUUUGGUUUCAACACCUUUGUGGUCUGUAGCUUCUUAGCUCAACACAACUAUUGAGCGCUUGCUCCAGUAGCUGAGGCUUCGUGAAGCUUCUUGGGAAGGAGUUUUGUGUGCUCCGUUGCGACAACAAAUGCAGUAGCCACAGCAUGUUUUGCAGAGCUUUAUAUUGUUCUUAUUUAAUGGAAGAAUGGCAGGGACAGAAAACCUCCUGUGAGAAUAGCUUGUGUUCUGUACUAGGGGAGGCUUUGAGGUGGACCCAGGACCAGAUGGGGAUUGUUGGUUUGAUAACGCUGUGGCUCCUGAGUCAUGACUUCAGCACACAAUUCUGAUAAAAUUGCGUGUUUUGGUUCUGCAGAGUGUGGCUUGUCUAGAUGCAGAUGCAUCCAUCAGAUGCAUGCUGGGAACUGGCCGUCUCUUCCCUCCGUGUGUGAGGGCGUCAGUCUGUUUCCUCUUCCAUCUGGUCGCCUAUUUGUCUCCACAUUUUCCUCCCUGGUAGACCCUCUCCCCCCACUCCCACCCUCCCUCCCUAGCCAGCCCAGAGCUGCUGAAUUAUUUAACAUCAGCCGACGAGCUCUGCGCUGCUGCCAGAGGGGGGAGUUAAAGUAGCGGAGGAAGGAUGCGGAGAAGAGGUGAGGGAUGUGCCGUGAGUCAGCAGAAGGAAUGUUGAGGCUCAGAACAAAAGCACGCUGACGGCAGGAGGUGGAUGAGGAGGAGGAGAAGAAAGAGCAGCAGAUCAGCUGGUGUGUUGAUUGAUCAGGCUGAGAAGGUCACGGAGCGGAGAGAUUAGCGAAGCAGAUCGCAGCCAGGAGAACAUGACGACAGCGCUAACGCCUCCUCUAAAUAGCAGCUAGACAGGCGGCAGAAGGAGCCAAGGCAGAGGACGAGAGGAGCGGUUGCAGGAUGGGCGAGAGCUACAUGUACCAGAGACUUUCCUUCACUAGGGGAGAGGAGGAGGAGGAGGAGGCGGGAGAUGAAGAUGGAAGAAGUGUCGGGGGGCGGAUGAUGCAGACCGAAGAAGGCACCGAGUGGCUGCUGGAGCUUCUGACUGACGUCCAGCUGCAGCAGUACUUCCUGCGCAUACGAGACGAGCUCAACGUCACUCGGCUGUCGCACUUCGACUACGUCAAGAAUGAAGACCUGGAGAAGAUCGGGAUGGGACGUCCAGGCCAGCGGAGGCUAUGGGAAGCAGUGAAAAGGAGACGAGCACUUUAUAAACGCAAAUCCUGGAUGAGCAAGGUGUUCCCUGUAAAGCGCCCCGAUGCCGACUCUCAGCAGCCCCUCCCACAGGGAGCUUCAUCCGGAGCAGCGCCACCCAGUGGUGAGUCGAGCCCGUCGCUCACCUGCUUGAUCCGAGAGACGGAGCUACAGCUGUUUGAGCGUCUGGGAGACGGGACGUUCGGAGUGGUGCGGAGGGGAGAGUGGACCGGGCCCAACGGCAGAGUGCUGUCAGUGGCCGUGAAGUGCCUGAAGGCCGGCGUGCUGGAUUCGGACGGCCUGGACGACUUUAUCCGAGAGGUGAACGCCAUGCACUCGCUCAGCCACCAGAACCUGAUCCGGCUCUACGGCAUCGUUCUGACACAGCCCAUGAAGAUGGUGACCGAGCUGGCACCGCUGGGGUCUCUGCUGGACCGUCUGAGGAAGAGACAAGGCCACAUCCUCAUCUCCUCGCUCUGCAACUACGCCGUUCAGGUGGCGUGCGGCAUGGCGUACCUGGAGCAGCGGCGCUUCCUCCACAGAGACCUGGCUGCACGGAAUGUUCUGCUGUCCACCAACGAAACUGUGAAGAUCGGAGACUUUGGCUUGAUGAGGGCGCUCCCCACACACACUGACCAGUACAUCAUGGAGGAAGGGCACAAGAUCCCCUUUCCCUGGUGCGCACCUGAGUCCCUGAAGUCCAGAAGCUUCUCCCACGCCUCGGACACCUGGAUGUUCGGGGUCACCCUGUGGGAGAUGUUCACCCACGGACAGGAGCCGUGGCCGGGCCUGAACGGCAGCCAGAUCCUCCACAAGGUGGACGUUGAGGCUGAGAGGCUGUGUAAACCCGACGACUGUCCUCAGGACAUCUACAACGUCACGCUGCAGUGCUGGAGCCCCAAACCUGAAGAUCGACCCACUUUUGUGGCCCUCAGGGACUUUCUCCUGGAGACGAUGCCGACAGACAUGAGGGCUCUGCAGGACUUCGAGGAGGAGGACAAGCUUCCCAUCCAGAUGAACGACGUCAUCACUAUCAUCGACGGAAGGGCGGAGCAUUACUGGUGGAGAGGCCAGAACAGACGGACCCUUCGAGUGGGUCAGUUCCCUCGACACGUGGUGACGGCCGUCGCCGGUCUGUCAGCCCAAGACAUCAGCCGGCCGCUCAAGCACUCCUUCAUCCACACGGGACACGGAGACACGGACCCCCAUCGGAGCUGGGGACACGCGGAUCGCAUCGACACUCUGUAUUUGGGGAACCCUAUGGACCCACCUGACCUUCUGGGAUCAGCUCCAUACACAGCCAGGCCAACCAAACUUCCCAAUCGUGCCAAAAAACAACCCCCUCCUCGGCCGCCUCAGCCCGCCGUCCUCCUCAAGAAGCCGUUCUACGACUCUGUGAUGAACGACUACGACGACGAGGACGACGGCGGAGCCUCGUCGGGCCGUAAGAGACAAGGCGUGUCCCUGGGCCUGAAGCUGCGACCCUGGGAGAGUUCCAGCGUGCGCUCGGCCAAAAGUGAAGUGUCGCUCAUCGACUUCACCGACGACAGCUUCAGCUCCACCACGCCGUCACCGCUGACCGAGACGAAGCAGUCUGACGAGGACACGCUCAAGGACACGCCCUCCAUCCUUGACUGGCCUCUGCCGCAGCCGUCCUACGACGAGGUUGCCGCCGAACAGGAAGAGCUGUCUGAAGACCAGGAAGUGCGCUCCAUCAAUAAGGGAGUGAGCGAGGAGCCUCUGGUCGCCACCGGUGCUCCUGUGCCGGGACGCAACGAGUCGCAGUCUGCUGACCUCUUUCAAGAACUUCAGCGGGAGGUGAUGGUGAAACUGCAGGUUCCCAUGGCAACAGGACGCUCACUGCCCUCCUCCCCUCUCCCACUGUCUCUGGCUCCGGUAGCUCCUCACCGGCAGAUCUGUUUGCCUCCUCCCUCACCCUCAAACUCCUCCACCUCCUUCAGCUCAGUGUUUGAGGAUCGACCAGUCCUGCCGCCUCGAAGUCCUGUUCCCCCAAUGAGACCUUCGAAGUUCACCCUCUCCACCCGCCCCUCCCAACCAGCUGGACGUACGAGCUCCAUCUCCCUGGAUCUUGAGGACACGCCUCCACAGAUUCCACCGAGAGACCACGCCCUCUCUCAGCCGGGCUCGAGGUCGUCCUCACCCCUGCCAUUGGUGCCGCCACUCUCCUCCUCACCCGUGGCUCUGCCCCCGCCUCCACUCUCUGUCUCUCCUCGCCGGGCCUCCGGCCUGCUGGGUCCUCUCCUGUCCAGCACCUCCCCGUAUUCAGCCACUUCUCCCCUCAAAGGCUCAUCCUAUUCUUCUAGCCUCACGACUCCCGGCUCCUCUUACUCUUCAACCCCCAAUUACUCGUCCACCUCACUGCUGGAGCCCCUUCCUUACCGAGAAGGACGUGGACUGUCGUCGCUGAUUGACAGCCCCCAGAGUUCCGCCCCUAUGCCGCUGCCUGAGAGGCCAGCUUUUCUUGAAAGAUAUGGAACAGCCAACAUGGCGGCUGUCAAGCCUAUGAUCCACGGAGCCAAACCAAACUCCUCUAGCAACAACAACAACGGUGGAGGGACAGCUGCCAGCACGCAACUGGAGCAGAGCUUCACACAGGUCCAGGGAGCUGUGCACGGUGUCACGCUGGAGGAGUGUCGCGCUGCUCUCCAGAUUCACAACGGGAGCGUUACUCAGGCCAUCAAUCAUUUAAAGGUGGAGCAGUUGUUCCGUCUGGGUCUGCGAUCUAGAUCUGAGUGUGAGGAGAUUCUUCAACGCUACCACGGGAACCUGGAGCAGGCCAGCACACUGAUGCUGGACACAUACGGGCCGCACCGCCACAGGAAGUGAGACCGUGGAGCUGCCGACAAGUCGAUGAGGUGCGACAUCAAUACUGAGUGAGUCAUCGCAGGACCUCAGACGUGUGACAGCGACUGUGAAUCCUCCGGAGCCGCGCUCUUUUUCUUUCCACUUGAACGAUCUCUUAUUGUGUUUGAUCAUGGAAAGGUCCGCCACUUGAAUUGCUGCUGUAAACGGUCCACCGUUUUUCUCUGCAGUUUACGUGCAAUGAAUGACCAUGGACUCUGAGUCACAUCAGCAAAACACACAGUCUAAGCUUAAACUCAGACUUCAACGUCUUCGGCAUCACCGUUCGACCGUGUGAGCUGAUGAAAGUAAGCAUUAGUUUGACAUAAAAAUUGACAAAAAAAUAUGGGCAUCAACACACGAGCAAAGUCAUAAUUGUUCAUAUUUAUCAAGCAUGCACUGUUGAACCGUUUCCUUCAUCUCUGUUGGCCCCUGAACGCAUCAUUUCUACACUGUUGUGCUGGUGUUCUGAAGCAGUGACAGACCAGUCGAUCAGUCGAGAGCCUCAAGUGCAGAUGAACAAAGUUAGAAUUGAGUGAUGAAUCUUGAUUUUUUUUUUUUAUGCGCUCAUAUUUGUCGGGCUCGUUCCUGUGUUUAACACAGUCUCCACUCCAACAGGAAGUAGUCUUUACAGGUGCUAAACCCACGUCAUUUUACAGGGUCUCUCUAUUGGAGGCUAGUUUUAAAUAGGAAUUGCCGAUGUUAUCCAAACACAACAUGUUGCCUGAUGCCGGUAAAAAUGGGAACCAGUAUAUGCCACGCAUUUCAGGCUAUAAGACGUCUGCUGUGAUGAAAUGAACACAUCCAUAACUGCUAUUCUGAUGCCUGUAUGAAGCAUGCUUCAACUGAAGUUAAACAAAUACGCUUCAGAUUUCCGCGAACAUUAUGGCGUUAUCUGUUUUCAUUAUGGGGGAAAGCCGGAUACGCAAACUCCUAACAAGUAUACGAAAUUUAUCCUGAUAUCGGGCCGAUAAUAUCGGGACGGCCCUAGUUUUUAAACCCCUAUAAUCUUAACUCGAACUCAUCGAUUUUUGGAAGAGUUCGGAUUAAUUCUUGGCGUCUGGAAUCGUAGGAUACCGUCCAAUAACAGAACAUCGAUGAGUUUAACGUACAUCAAAGAGGAUAUGGGUCAGUUGCGCUGUAAAUAUACUUGAGCAACUGUUUGUAUUAAACUCUGUCGCAGGCCAUUCGGCCAUUUGGACCGUGGACCUCAAGUUUCACACACAGUCAAGACUCGCCUCCCACAGAUUUGCUGGUGCUGAUGCACAUCUUUUAAACAUAUAUGAACCAAGGUCAAACGCAAAAACUAACUUUGACUUGUGCAUAUCUGACAAUAAUUUGUCAAUGUUGGACAUUUGAACGUACUACUCUCAAAAAUAGAACUGAAGAGUCAUAUCCAAUAGCUUCUGCUGAAGAUGUGGCUAAAGACUUGACAGUUAAAACAGUCCCCUUCGCUCCAGUGUUGAGCAUGGUUUUGUUGCUUUUCCGUCCGACAGUGUGGCCGGGACCUUCUCCAUGUGACUCAUUCAUCAGGGUUGUGUGUUGCUUUAUUUAAAUGGUGUUACAUUCAAACUGCUGGUCAGAUGCUGAAAUGUGUGAACUCGCUUUAGCAGUGAAGACGUGCACUUUGCUAAACUGUUAGCUGUGAUUCAACGAAGCUGCUCCGUUUUCUUGGCGAGGCUCAACAGAGUAGUUUGAAUUUUAUUUUUAACUUUUUUAACUUGCUUUAAACAGCAAAGGCCUCCUUGAAGUGUGGGGUCUGUUAGCAUGGCCUGUGGCUUCCGCGCUAACUAGCUAAUGUGCUGAAAUGCUACUGUAGGUACAACUAUUAACACUGGAUAUGAUGCAGCUUAAAUACAAUCGACUUAAGCAAAAGAACCAGCCUCCCCAAAGGUGACGGAUCCAAAGCUGACCUCAGCGAUGUUAGCUAGGUGUCUGCGGCAAUAUUCGGGGACCGUUUUGUCAGUAUUACUGAGUUAUUAAACAAAUGGUUUAUGUCAAAAGUGAAGCUUUUUCAUGCAAACGUCUUGUUUUGUUUUGUAAUAAAAGCCUUCUCAGAAUG